AUGGCUGCAUUCAAGAGGUUCCCUGAGCUUCCCCGAGAACUCCGAGACCAGAUCUGGAGCAUGGCUAUCCGGGACGACCGCCCAGGAGUACACAUCUUUGGACAAUAUGAAGAAACAAAAGAGAAUUCGAGCGAGAGCCAUGCCCUAAGACAUGGCAUAUUUAUAAGCCUAAACUGGGCUGCACCGUCCUGGCGCCGGUACUUUGACAACUUGAACGAGGACCAGAGCGAUGAGAAUAUCUCAACAUACUUCAUCGAUGGCGGCUUAUGGACCGCAUGCCAUGAAUCACGGCUCAUCAUGGAAAAGCGAUUCCAACAGUCAAACCGAAAUCUCUACAAAUGCAUUACCCCAAAGUAUGAUAGGGAGAAAGACAUCUUCAAAAAGGCCUCAACAGGCUGCUUUGACGCCAAGAUCGGUUGGUCCCUCCUUGCGCUUGAAGCUUGCAUGGAGCGUGGUGAUGAGGGCUUCGGUGGGGUGCAGCACAUCGCAAUCGAGUAUGACCCAAAGUGGUGGGAGGACAUAUCCGAAGGGCCAUAUUACCCAGAUUCCCCCGAUAUCACAGCGUUAAUUCAUGCUGCUUUUGAGUUGGACUGUUUUACUUGCAAGCUGUGGUUCAUCGACCGUACCUUGAAACGAAAGAAGGAUGCUCCACCGUUCAAGGAGCAAAAGGGAAAAUCCUACUACAGCAUCAACGCAUUCUACGCGAGCGACAGGAGGUUUCUGGAGAUUGAUCAUAAUAAUUACUCUCCCUAUGAAGAAUGGGACUACAUCAGACCUUUAAGACUCUAUCCGGAUGACGAUUCCAGUUCAGAUGUCGACGAGUUUGGCUUAGAUUAUGAGUUUAGCUCUUCGCCUGAUUUCGUCUCGCACUUGGAAGACAAGAUCCAUCACCGGUAUCAUCCAGAUGACAGUGAAGAGGACUACUAUUUUAGCAUUGGGCUUCUUGGAUGGGAUGACCUAUAA